AUGUCUUCUUCAAGAAUCGUUUUAUCAUUCAAAAGCUCUUCCAGAUGUUGGUUACCUUCCAACUUGAAGCCAACCAAAAACGUUGCUAAGCCAUUAAGCUCAAUCAACACAAAUGCUAUAAACAGAUAUUACUCUUCCAAAAUACCUUCUUCCUCUGCAUUCAUCAACUUCAACAACACAGUCGUUGCAAAUAACUCUGAGGGAACCAUAAAUCAAGGUGCUUCCAACUCUACCCAGAUAGAAUCCUCCAAGGAUGAAAACUUCCAUCCAAGUGUCUUCAGUCACAACGAGGAAGUUUCUGGAAAUCUCCACGUUAAGUUGUAA